AUGACUCCGACUCCCACAUACUCCUCAGGUCAAUCGCAUCCGCAUCUCCGAAUAUCUCGACUUCGGCGACCUCGAAAUGCGAACCCGUACGAGUCCCCUCCACAGUCGCGCUCUGCAAGCACACGCGUCGCUAUCACACCUCUCGUAGACGAAGGUGCGGAUGAUCCAAACGAGCAUUCAGAUACCGAGGAUGAAGACCUCGAAAUUGAUCAAGAUGGGGACCUGGACGAGGACGAGGAAGUAGAUGAUGGAGAUGAAGAGUUUGGCGAGCACGUUAGUGGAGACGGGGAUGAGGAGGACGACGAGGAAGGAGGUAUCGAGGAAGCUCCAGCAUGGUUUCGCCGAGCAAUUCUGGGCUCAGAUGCUGACUCCGUAACUCCUUCUGCAGUUCAUACCGAAUCAAAGCCACCAUUCGAUCCUGCAGCAUUAGGAUUAAAAGAAAUUGGGAAUCUUGCUAGCUGGACCGUCAGUAGUAGUAAACCUGGCUGUGGUGUCGAAGCUCUACGAGACGAUGACACGAGUCUCUUCUGGCAAUCUGACGGCCCCCAACCACACCACCUAAAUAUACAUUUCUCCCGACUUGUUUCAAUAUUAUCAAUUCGAAUCUUCCUCGACUUCGCCGCAGACGAAUCCUACACUCCCACGCGAAUAGUCCUACUUGCUGGGACUGGAUACCACGACUUGAUACAAUUUUCCGAACUCAAAUUUGAACGUCCUUCGGGUUGGGUCGAUGUUCCAUUAGAACAUGUGGGAGGAGGCCGGGACGGAAGGACGUUACGUGCAUUCUUGGUUCAGGUCAGGAUUAUGGAGAACCAUCAGAAUGGAAAAGACACCCAUGUAAGAGGUCUGAAAGUAUAUGCUCGCGACGAGAAAGUCGUUGUCGGAGACACUCUCUCUGAUGGAACGGAUUUGAUUUCCGAAAAGAGGAAAUCAGUGAUGCGCGUGCUCGAGGACCAGGGAGGAGAUGGAAUACCAUCAUCGAACCCAUCAAUACGGAUUCCAUGGCUUGUGGAGCCUGAUUGGAUGGGCGAGCCAGAAUUGCGAUAA